AUGGUUGGCUUUCAAAGAGAUGCUCAUACGGAUAGCAAAAAGAAUAUUGAAAAUGAAAAGAAGAAAUCAGAACACUCCAUCAAUCAGCAAGAAUCAACUGGAGCAGCAAUCUUAAGGAGGAAAUAG